AUGAGCCAAGCCAAUUCUCAAGAUGAGACCGGAUUUCCUUGGGAAAUUGGCGUGUUCGACGCUCAUUGCCACCCCACAGACACCAUGGCAUCCAUUGCUGACAUCCCCGCCAUGAAAGCAACAACGCUUACCGUCAUGUCCACACGGGCUGACGAUCAGGACCUUGUUUUCCAAACCGCAAGCAAUGUCGCCAAAGAUUCCGGCAAUGGGACUACAGAGCGUAUUUUACCGUGUUUCGGCUGGCAUCCAUGGUUUUCGCACCAAAUCAUAGAUGACACGGCCGCCAAAUCAGAAAGCGAGGAAGAACCCUCGUCGGCAGCCGACAUAAAAAAGUCUCAUUAUAGUAAAGUGCUGAAGCCCUCCCCAGGCGACGACUUCAUUUCCACUCUUCCCGAACCUAAACCGCUUUCCGAACUCCUUUCAGAAACGCGGUCCAGGUUGUUGAAAUUCCCCAAUGGGCUUGUCGGGGAAAUCGGUCUUGAUCGUGCUUUCCGACUCCCACAGGCCUGGACUCAGGAGGAGAUCGAGACCCGGGAUGGCCGGACGACUCCGGGUUCACGAGAGGGCCGACAGCUCUCUCCGCACCAGGUUCGGCCGGACCAUCAGAAGGCAGUUCUUGAAGCCCAACUGCGCCUGGCCGGGGAGCUCCAGCGCCCUGUGUCUGUACACAGUGUCCAGGCUCAUGGCGCCGUAUUUGAUGUCUUCAAGAGUCUGUGGUCAGGCCAUGAGCGGAAAAUCCCUUCAAGACGGGAACGAAAGCGUCGACAUAGUCAUGCCGAGGCUCAUGCGGACAGCGACGCAGAAGAGCAGAAUCUGCAGGAUAAUGCGCAGAAAUCAAACGGAGAACAGGAACCCCUCCCGUUCCCACCGCGGAUAUGCAUGCAUUCGUACUCUGGCCCUGCGGAAGCCUUGAAACAAUUCCUGCACUUGUCUAACCCUUCAGAUGUUUAUUUCUCAUUCUCGAGCGUCAUUAAUUUCGGCCAUCAAUCCAAUAGGUCUGUCGCGGUGAUCAAGGCCUUGCCAGAUGACCGGGUGUUGGUUGAGAGUGAUUUACAUAUUGCUGGACAGGAGAUGGAUGAUAGGCUGGAAGACGUAACUCGACAAAUAUGUGAAAUACGUGGGUGGGCUCUGCGGCAAGGGGUUCAGCAGCUGGCGGAUAAUUGGAGACGUUUUGUGUUUGGUGAAUGA